AAAGCGUGAUUUCUCCGACAUGCGCGUCCAAUGAUUUCCACGCGUUCUCUUGACCUCCACGCUGCUCACUUGCUUCAUAAACGUGAAAUCCUCCACACGCCUCAAACUGUUUUAGAUAUCUGGCCUAAGUAGAGGUAUAUGGCAGAUAGAGCAAGGCGCGAGAGAAAGUCCAAACUGGACAAACUCGUUGAAUACAAACGCGCCAGAGAAGGAGGUGGACGCAGCUACAAGGUUGAGGAUGAUACCGAUAUUUACGAUGAGGUGACAGAGGAACAAUAUAAGUCGAUCGUUCGCGGUCGCUUGGCGAAGGAUGACUUCGUGGUCGAUGAUGGUAUCGGGGGAUAUAUGGACAAUGGUAUGGACGACUUUGAGGAUCAAGGACAGUACGAAGAAAGUGAUGAAGACGACCGGAGCUCAAAAGCCAAGAAGAAGGGCAAGUCUGAGCCCAAGCCAAAGCCAAAGGCGAAACCUAAACCGCCUCCAGCAGUUGUACCUUCAAUCAGCGCAUAUCGACCAACAGUGUCGGCUGAACAAGAAACGGACUUCAUGGCGUCGCUGCUGGGAGAUAUGGAUUGCAUUGCGGCAAAGCCUGCAACUCGCCCGCGGAAACGCAAACCAGAACCUGACACGGAUUUCCAAGAGGGCAGUUCGUCUCCACAUCUCCCCAGUUCCUCCAAGCACCCUACUCACACCAGCAAGAAUGGGUACCGUAAUUCAUAUUCUGACCCAGACAUGUCUUCUGAUGGUCCCUUCGACACUGGUCUGCUAAGUGGUCCGCCUAGUGAAGAUGAUCUCUUCAUGAGUCCUAAGAAAAAGCUCAAAACCGAACCAGCUGGUCUUAUGCCUGCUAUCGAGAGGAUGGGGAAGAUGGAAGUUCACAGCGAUCAUUCAUUCGACGACGUGGACAUGGAUGCGUUCAUGACUGUAUCCGAUGACGAUCUAGGCGACGAUUUCAAGACGCCUUCCAAGGUCAAGAAAGAGGAGAAUACGGACGCUGAUCUCAACAAACCGUUCAAACCAGUGAAUGGGCAGAAGGCGGCGGCGGAAGAUAAGAAGAAAUUUGACGGCACCCCUGCAUGGCUAUCUGUCUACGACUCUUUAAGCGUGGCAAACGACGACACUCUGGGGCCUCUUUGUGGGGUUGCCUCCAAGGUUCCCACGUCUAACUUGUCUAUAUUGGAGGCAGAUGGAUCCCUCCGAUUCUUUUGGCUCGAUUACCUGGAACACGACGGGAAGCUUUACUUUGUGGGGAAAACUCAAGAUAAAAACAGCAAAGCUUGGGUAUCCUGCUGUGUCGCGGUCGAAAACCUUGAGCGUAAUUUGUUCAUCUUACCGAGGGAGCGUCAGUUAGAUCUGGACGAGGAGACUGGGGAGACAUAUGAGACUGACGUGGUUCCCGAGCCAUCCGAAGUCUAUGCCGACUUUGACACAAUCAGGAAGAAGGUCGGAAUCAAGAGCUUCAAAGCCAAGUUCGUCAAGAGGCGAUAUGCCUUUGGAGAACGCGAUGUUCCCAGAGGCGAGGCUCAAUGGCUCAAGGUCGUGUAUGGCUUCGAUGAACCACAGAUACCGAGCAAUGCCGCAAGUCCAAACUUCUCUCGCAUAUUUGGCACGAAUACCAAUGCGUUCGAGCUGCUUGUGAUGAAGCGUAAAAUUAUGGGACCUUGUUGGCUUCAAGUCAAGAAGCCUAUCAUUGACAACAGAGGGGUCUCGUGGUGCAAGAUUGAGGCGGUUGUGUCGGACCCGAAGGAUAUCAACCCAUUCUCUGAAACAGAACCCAAUGCUCCGAAAGAGAUUCCUCCAUUGACGGUUGCCAGCCUAGCCAUUCGGACUAUCGUUAACCACAAGGAGAACAAACGAGAGAUCGUUUGUGCUACCGCACGAAUAUGGUCGAAUAUACAAAUUGAAGAUCCUACUCCUCCUGACAAGCUUCCCUGUUCCGUACAUACACUCGUCCGGCCACUGGAUCGCUUCCCAACAAACUUUGAGAACAAGGCGAAGUCUAAUAGCAAAGGCGUUAUCUCCCCUAUGAAGAAUGAACGGAUGCUUCUGAACAAUCUCCUUGUGACUUUACACAAGGCGGAUCCGGACGUUAUCCUUGGACAUGAAUUCCUCGGUGUCUCACUGGAUGUCUUAUUACACCGUAUGCGCGAGCUAAAAGCUGACCACUGGUCUCGUAUUGGCCGUUUCCGUCGAUCGAAGUGGCCUCCAAUCGGUCGUCAAGGUAGCAACCUUAGAUUCCUGAACGGCCGACUUCUCUGUGACCUUGCGAGCGAUGGUGCGAAGGACAUGAUCGCGUCUACCACAUGGUCUCUGACAGAAAUGUGCAAAACUCACCUGAACAUGGACAGACAGGACAUCGACCCUGACGAUACAGCCAGCUACUUCGAUGGUAGCGUCAGUUCACCGGACAGGCUCUUAACGUUCGUACGACAUUGCGAACUUGACGCGCACUAUCAAAUGGCUCUUGCGGAUAAAGUGCAAAUUUUGCCUUUGACUAGACAGCUCACCAAUCUGGCCGGAAACUCCUGGAAUAAGACUCUGAAUGGUGGACGCGCAGAGCGUAAUGAAUACAUUCUCUUACACGAGUUCCACCGUCUGAAGUACAUAUGUCCUGACAAACAAUGGGGCAAGAAAGCUGAAGCAGCGGUCAAGAACGAGAACGAUGAGGAGGAAGGAGCCAAGCCAACAAAGGGCAAAAAAGACAAGUACAAGGGAGGUCUUGUGUUUGAGCCGAAGCGUGGACUUUGGGAUAAAUUCAUCCUUGUGAUGGACUUCAACUCGCUUUACCCAAGUAUCAUCCAGGAGUAUAAUAUCGACUUUACCACAGUCGAGCCCGUCGAACAGGAUGAGGACGGAGAGGAGAAGAUACCUGAACCUCCAGAUUCCUCGGUCGAGCAGGGAGUGCUCCCAAGACUUAUUGCCACUCUUGUCAAUCGUCGCCGACAAGUGAAAUCGCUUCUCAAGACUCGCAAAGCCACAGAAGCUCAACUCAUGCAGUGGGAUAUCAAGCAAAUGGCCUUGAAGCUGACCGCAAACAGUAUGUAUGGUUGUCUCGGAUUCGAGUACUCGAGGUUCUACGCUAGACCUCUUGCGGCGCUUACAACGUUCAAGGGUCGUGAGAUUCUCACUCAUACCAGAGAAUUAGCAGAGAGUCUUCAGCUCGAUGUGGUAUACGGAGACACCGAUUCUGUCUUCGUCAACUCGAACGUGACUGAUCUGAAGAGAGCCCUCCAGAUCUCUGCUGAGUUCAAGAAGGCGGUCAAUGACCGGUAUAAACUCCUUGAGAUCGAUCUCGAUGGAAUAUUCAAGCGAUUGCUGUUGCUGCAAAAGAAGAAGUAUGCUGCUAUCAAGGUCGAAGAGGGUGGUCGCACAUCAACGGAGGUGAAGGGUCUGGAUAUGAAGCGCCGAGAGUAUUGUGUACUCUCGAAGAAUGUUUCACAGUAUGUUUUGGAACAGAUUCUCUCUGGAGAAGCCACAGAGAUCGUGGUGGAAAAGAUCCACGAAUAUCUCUCAACUAUGGGUGAAAAUGUCCGCGCCGGCAAGGUCAAACUAGAGGAAUUCAUUAUCCAUAAGCGAUUGGGUAAAAACCCUGAAGACUACCCAGAUGCUAAGAGUCAGCCCCAUGUUCAAGUCGCCUUACGAAUGAAGGCUAAGGGAGGUACUCCGCGAUCUGGCGACGUUAUUCCAUACGUCUUCUGCUUAGGCGAGACGGAGGAAACAACGAAGACUGCGCAAGCCAUGCGAGCCAAACAUCCUGAUGAAGUCCGAAGGGCCGGUAGCGACUUGAAGAUAGACUACGAGUUCUACCUUUCUCAACAAAUUCUACCACCUAUCGAGCGUCUGUGCGAACCAAUUGAAGGCACAGAUCGUUCAAGACUUGCCGAGUGCCUAGGAUUGGAUCCAAACAGGUACAAAACUAACGUUGGCGAAUCCGAAGGUCGUUCAUUUGGGACUUUGGAAUCCAUGCUGCCGGAAAGCGAACGAUACAAGGAAGCCGAUCCGUUUCUUGUUCGAUGUCGUUCUUGUCAUGGAGAGGUCGCUUUUGCACAGAUUGGGGAUCGAGAUUCUUCACUUCUCCUGCCAUCAGGUGCUGCAUGUCCCGCUUGCCAGGCAACACUUAGUACCGCCAGUCUGCAAGCACAGUUGGAGGCGCAACUCAGAGAGCACAUCAGUAGAUACUAUGAACACUGGAUGGUUUGUGACGACCCAACUUGCGGGAAUCGUACACGGAGUAUGGGUGUGUACGGGCGACGAUGUCUUCGACAAGGUUGCCGCGGAACAGUCACAUUCGAGUACUCUGACGCACAACUGUAUAAUCAGUUGAAGUAUUAUUCCUACCUCUUCAGCAUGGAAGCUGCCUUGAAGGCUGCUGCUGGUCCUAGACGAUCCGAUGAAAUCAAGGCCUUGGCUGAUGUACAGGCCGAGUUCCUUGGUACCAUGAUAGACACAGUAGAUAAGUAUCUGAACCAAUGUGGUCGAAGAUGGGUUGAGCUUGGGCAGCUGUUCUCCUUCAUGAAACUGUAGAUCGCAUUAUACCGGACAUUCUUCGCUUUACGCGAUAAUCUGUAUUGAUAUUAAGGGCACUGUAUGAGUAGAUUCGCACAUAUCGUAAUGCUAUCAUUGCUUCUCUCCUGGAUUCGUCGUGGGUGAAGGUGCUAAUGGUUGCGUUGUCGAAUACGCUCGUCGAUGGUACAAAAGAGCUCCGACGCGAUUCCGUCUCCUUCCCAUUCGGCAUCAGGUUUUGUCUGACCUGCACUAAGUGACUUCAGGUCAUGUAGAGGCCACGAAGAUGCGACCAGUUUGCAUGACAGAGCCCCCAAGGAACCAUGGAUCAAAGGUAGACCCUCCUCCGUCAAGGAAUAUGAAAUGGAUGAGAACGGGUGAGGGUGGAUGUCUACUCUUGAGAAUUGGAGUGCGACAUUUUCUUGAACAGCCGAAAGGAUAUUGAUCACCAUAUGCGAAGGCCAAUCAAUGUGUGCGUUUUUC